AUUUCAUUCUAUCCGACGACCGCGGGGAAUCGAAUCACAGUUUCGCUUUUGCUCCGUCUGAUCACCUUCUAGGCAAAGUUCAAAAUUCUCAGUGUUUCUAAAUUACUGCUAAAGUGCGUGCUGUGUUACUACCCGGUAUCCCUCGUAAAGCACACGUGCCACAUCGAGAAUGGCCAAGAAAGGAGGAGUCCAGCAGUUACAGGCGGAAAUCAACAACGAUGAGGAAUUCGAGAAAUUCCUGGAACGCGAUGGUCUGUUGGUUAUGGAUAUCUUCACAGACUGGUGCGGCCCCUGCACCGGUAUGGUGGGCAGUUUGAAGAAGAUCAAACUGGAGUUGGGAGGAGAUAAUCUCCAACUAGCCGUGUGCAAAUCCGAUGAUAUUGAAGCAUUGAAGAGAUUUCGAAACAACAGUGAACCAACCUGGCUGUUUGCCUCGCAUGGCAAAAUAGUCAACCUCAUGUUCGGCACUAACGUUCCGAAGCUUAUCAACCUCAUCACAGAAGAACUUGACAUCGAACUGAAAUGUCGAGCUGGGGAAGUGGAACGAAAAUAUUUCGAACUGCAUGAGUUGACCCCCGAGGAACAGGAACGCGAAGAUGCGCGCAAGGCUAUAGAAGAUGAAGCCGAGAGAAUUGAGAAAGAAGCGGCCAUAAAGAAACGCCGGGACUACAUAAUCAAUGUGACUGAUACAAUAAUGGAGCACAUCCAGGAUAUGGGAAUCACUUUGUUCAUGCCGCAUGUUCACAAGGACGUGUACAAAAAAUUGAACGAACAUGCCGAGAAACACGAGCUGCACUUCAAAGAAAAACGUUUGGUUUAUUUGAAUCCAAAAAUGUUGGAAGUACUUCAUUUCGACUGUGAAAACCGAAUGGAAGAUGAAGUGUUCGAACAGAUUUUCUAUAAAGAAGUCCAAGGAUACGUCUGGAAGCGUCAAGAUGAUCUGAAUCGCGCACCGGAGGAUAUUAUUGGCGAGUUUGUACGUUUUCUAACUGAACCUACCGAGGUACUCGACAACGACGGUAAUCUUGAGAAAGUGAUUCCACCCAUGAUCGAACCACUGGAGAUGAUUUAUAACGCAAACGAUGGGUCUUGGAAAAUGGUGGACAAAAAUCCCAAGAAAAAGAAGAGCGUCGCAAUAACUGAUAUUUCUCAAAGCACGUCAUCAAAGGAAACAUUUGAUGAAGAAGCAUGUCCCAAAAUAUAUGUUCCGGGUGUAUGGAGCCCUACCAAUCGAAGAGCGACUGCUGCGCUAUUCUAUCUGCUGUUCAGACAUUUGACCGAAAGUUUCUUAGGUCCAGACCCGGUACCGGAACCGCCGCACAUUUGUAUCGUGUUCGACGCCUACAAGAAGCGAGACGUGUUUGAAGUGAUUAACAAGUUCAACCGAGACGUAAUGGCAUACGGUUAUUUUACGUCUGGUGAUCCGAAAACGGCGGAACUGAUUGCGAAAAAGACUGAACGCUACAUCCGUUUGAAACCCAAUGUCAACGAUAAGCUAAUUUUGAAAGUUGCCAAAGCUACCAGCCAUGCAAUGUUGGCACUAACGGCUGUAGGACCGUGCUACAUCAGUCAAAACGCAGUCGAAGGCCAAGAAGAAUGCGCCCUUCUUUUUCCACCGAAUUACGAUAAUAUCGAAGAAGAGGCGGAGGCUGGUGAAACGAAGAAAAAACACAAAAAGAAACGUCGUGGAAAAAAGAGCGACACUUCGCUAUCAGCGUCGGAAUCAGCCACCUCGACUACACCGACUGCUGAACAAAACGCCGAGGGACAGGGCGAAGGUGGCGAGCUGGGAACCAUCGGGGAAGGUUCCACCGGAGAGGAAGGGGAAACGACAUCUUCGUCUACUAACUCCCCUGAGAAAACUGGGGGAGCAGGAGAAGAAGGCGAGGAACAGAAAACAUAGGCAACAAUUUGGUUUAAGAUGUUCUUUCCUUUCGGUUUCAAUAAAUAUCAAAGUUUGUCAUAUUGCAAAAAAGAAAA